UCACAUAAUUAAUAAAUAUAAUAUCUAUUGCUACUUGCAUUUUUCCCUCUUCAAUCGGGAAACGCCUAAUGGUCGGUUGAAACUUCACUAUAAAUAAUUGAAAAGGCAGAAGAAAAGCAAAGAAGAAGAGAGAAAUUAAUUGGUAUUAUAUCCAAUCAUGGAUCUCUAUCUUUUGCUAUCUUCUUUUUGUGUUCUAGGAUUGGCUUACUUGUUCAAACAAAUCUUGAUUCCAUCAUUUCAAGUGAAGAGACAGCUUCAUGUUCAAGGUAUAAAAGGUCCUUCUCCUUCUCUUUUUUAUGGAAAUAUGUCUGAGAUGCGCCAAAUUCAAUUCGAGGUUAAGAACCAGCAGCCUCCUACUCAUCAUCAGAUUGUAGCAUUAGACUACACUUCUAUGGUAUUUCCUUAUUUUGAACAUUGGAGGCGACAAUACGGUUCAGUAUACACAUAUUCAACAGGAUUGGAGCAACAUGUGUAUGUAACAGAGCCAGAAUUGGUAAAAGAAUUGAACCAGUGUAAUACUUUGAAUUUGGGGAAGCCUCGUUCUGUGACGAAGAGAUUUGCACCCAUGUUUGGCAAUGGAAUUGUGGGCUCUAAUGGCCAUCUUUGGGCUCUACAGAGGAAAAUGAUUGCACCAGAAUUUUUCAUGAUCAAGGUCAAGAGCAUGGUGGGGCUAAUGGUGGAAUCGACAAAAUUAUUGAUAGAAGAGUGGAAGCAGGUGAUUGAAACCCAAGGGGGUCUCGAAGCUGAAAUUACAAUUGACAAUGAUUUGAAGGGGCUGUCAGCAAAUGUGAUUGCAAGAGCUUGCUUCGGUAGCUCUUAUUGCAAAGGCAAACAAAUUUUCUCCAAGCUUAGAACUCUUCAUACAGCCCUUACUGAGCAUGCCUCCCUUUUUGGCUUCUCUAAUUUUCGGAAGAACUAUAAGGAGAUCAGCAACUUGCAAAUGGAGAUAGAGAGUUUAAUAUGGGAGACAGUUCAAGAGAGGCAGAGACAAAAUUUAAGUGAAAAGGACCUAAUGCAAUUAAUACUUGAGGAGGCUGUGAACAAUAAUAAUGGAGAAAAGCUAUCAGCAAAGCAAUUUGUGGUAGACAAUUGCAAAAGUUUGUAUUUUGCUGGACACGACACAACUGCCAUCUCGGCCUCAUGGUGUCUCAUGCUUCUUGCUUUACAUCCGGAGUGGCAAUCUCGGAUUCGAGCUGAAGUUUCCCAAUGUUCCGAUCACGGAUGCCUAGAUCCAAAUUCGCUAUCCAACUUGAAAACGGUGACAAUGGUGACUCAAGAGAGCUUGAGGUUAUUUCCACCGGCAGGAUUUGUGGUAAGGGAGGCACUUGAACAAGUCAAAAUUGGAAACAUCACCAUACCAAAAGGUGUAUGCACUUGGACUUUGAUUUCAACUUUACAUAGAGAUCCAACUAUUUGGGGAGAAGAUGCUAACAAGUUCAACCCCGAAAGAUUUGCCGAUGGAGUCUCUAAAGCUUGCAAGUAUCCGCAAGCUUAUAUCCCUUUCGGCUUCGGGACUCGGUUGUGUGUUGGUAGACACUUUGCUACGGUCGAACUUAAAAUUGUUAUCUCCCUUAUUGUCUCCAACUUUAAAUUAUCAUUGUCUCCUGAUUAUGUUCAUUCUCCUGUUUUUAGAAUGCUUGUUGAACCUCAACAUGGCAUGCAACUUCUAGUCCAAAAGAUUUAGAGAGCGGAUCACAAAAUUUGAAGUUGAUAUUAAUAUAGUAUGUGUCUGCUUGUAUAUAAGAACUUGUCGUUGGUAUGAAAAUGUUUUGUCUUU